UUGGCCUGGCUGUGGGUAAAUGACAUGACACACACAUUGUUUUGGUUCAACUACUAAACCCAAGUCUCAGGCUCAGCAUAAAAUCCCUUUCAUUCUCAUCUCAUUCAAUCAUUCACGACCUCAACACUCACAUGCCCCAACCCAACCCAACCCUUUUUAUUAAAUUUUAUAUUAUCCAUCAAUUCAUUCUUUUAUCUCCUCUUUCACCCGUGAAUACACAACUUGCUAUGUUUAAUUAAACUUAAUACCAAUAUGGCAAUACCCUGUCUCUCUUAGAUUCAUUCUGGGUUACCUAUUCUUCAUCUUCCCUUGUCGUCCUCUAUAUUUUUCUUUUCCAAAACCCCAUUUGCUGCUGCUUUCACUAUUCAAUGAUGGAUGGUCUCUCAGAUAACAUUACGACAAAACCGACAACAAACAUGACUCACCUUUAAAAUCAUCACUUCAAUCCACCCUGCACCUUCAGAGGAACGCCGACAACAUGGAGGAUGAUUUCAUGGCCGAGUUAACUCACCACAUGGCUCACUUCUUGCUUCAAGAUAACGACCACUCUUUGGAUUUCUCAGACAGUUGCUACCAGACUGAUAACAAUUUUGAACAGUCACGUGACUUAACAAGUUCACCCCCAUCAACUCUGUGGAGCCCUGAUUCUGAGGAAGCAUCACCGCCAGAUACACCUGCAGAUUAUGAAACUCAGAGUUCUAAUUCCUUAGAAACUGGAUUUUGUUCCUACGACUCUCUCAUACAAGAACAAAUUCGAGCUAUUGAGUUAUCUCAGCUUAAGGAGUCUCCGAUGCCAAAACCAGCAACAUGUCGGAAAGGUGAAGGUGGUGGAGGUGAUGGACAGAGGAGUACUCGCCCCGCUCCACAGAUCCAACAGCAACAUACCACCGAUGUAGGCAUGCAGGCGCUUUUCAUUGGUGGGCCCGGUUCCAUAGGUGGUACCGGAGUUUUCUUGCCUCGUGGUUCCCCAACUCAAUCAACCAAAAAGCAAGGGAAAGGUUGCUCUGUCCUUAUACCAGCUAGAGUGGUGCAGGCAUUGCAACAACAUUUUGACAAAACGGCCGCUACUAUGUCUGGACCCAAAGCUGUUGCCUUCCCUCCUCUUCAUGCUACCUUACUCUACCAGCGUCUAAUAUUUGUUGCUUCAUCUCUUGUAACAUACGUUCUAGGGAGUAAGAGGGCUGGCAGUGACACCAUGUAUUCAGUUCAGUCUAGAAAAGCGCCGGCAAAUGUCCACAAUGAUGAGAUAACUCUACCUCCAGAGUGGACUUAUUAA